AGCAAGCCUCGCCAGCUCCUUGCUCUUUUUUCGCGAAACCUCUCUGUAUUACUACUCUCUACACACUUCUCUUUUCCCGUUAUUUCUUCACUCACUUUUGUCCUCACACACACUCAGUGCCUUUGUUCACAAAAACACACCGUAUUCCUGAUUCUUGUUUGUUUCUCUGGAAAAUUUGUCUCUACCUCCUUCUUUUUCCGCUUUGUAUUGCAUUCUGUUUGAUCUUUCGCUUCCAAGGUCUCUGUUUCACUCCGAUCUAACAAUUCUUGCUAUAAGAAGGUUAAUGGCGCAAUUCGACAACGGCGACCUCGAAUAUGUCGUAGACGAAUUAUACGACAUGACCGGUUUCGAAGACGAGUACGACAACCCUUUCGCCCAAAACGAACCGGAGACGAACAACGGUUCCGAUCCUCUGGACUCCGACUUUGAAGACGAAUUCGAAUCGAGUAAGUCGAAGACUGAUACAUCAGCUUUAGAAGCGAGGAAUGGGAAAGAUAUACAAGGAAUACCAUGGGAGAGGCUCAAUUUUAGCAGAGACGAGUACCGCGAGACACGGUUGAAGCAAUACAAGAACUACGAGAACCUCUCUCGCUCUCGCGAAGACCUCGACAAGGAGUGCUUACAAAUAGAGAAGGGAAAGACCUUCUAUGACUUCCAGUUUAAUACAAGGCUCGUCAAAUCAACAAUAGUGCAUUUUCAGGUAGAGAUUCUUCUUCAUAGCUCUCUUUUGUCUUUGAAAUGGUUUAUGUUUGUCGUCAAAACUAGUUUCUACCUAUUUUGGAGUCCCAAGCAUUUGAUUGUUUUCAUGUGUUGUGUUUCCUUGGGCUGUCCCUCUCCCAUGUAUUUUGAAGUAUGUCUCUUACACAGAUUACUGUGAUAAAUUCAUAAUAGUAGCCAUCUUCUAUGGUCUAUAUGUUACAUAUUUUUAAACUCAAUGUCCAUGUUGCAUAAGCACAUUUCAUUUUUCUUAUUCUGUUUUCUUUUUCUUUUUCUUUUUUUUUUUUAAUAAAAAUUCUUAUUCUAGAGUUUUGAAAUUAGUAUUACUUAGAUGCUCACUUGUACUUAUUUAUUUCAUUGCCUAAAAUUCUAUUUCAUAGCUCAUCAUAGAUAUUCUUGCUAAUAGUGUUUCCUAGUACGAACUGUAGAGCACAUUGACCCGAUAAAUUUUAUUUUUUUAGAGUUUUUGGCAGUUCUUUUGAACUUUGGUUAUACACAUUAUCAUUAGUCUGGCAGUCCUGCAGGUCUAUAAUAAAACCAUUUAUGGGUUUUCUAUAUGUGAUUAUAGCAUUUGCGUCAACCAUUAAUUGGAAGAUACAUGAUGAAGGAUGCUUACUUUAUACUUGCUCUUGAUAACUGUUCACCAAAUCUUAAUAAAAUUAAAAGAUACAAUAUGUUGAAGGUAUAGUCUUGAAUAUGUGCCAGAUUUAUUUACGGACAGAUGAUUUGAUGCAAGUUAUAAAUAUUAGUGCAUUAUGACUAUGGUAUGACUUGGCAUUCGUAAUGAUUGCAACAUGAUGCUGGUGUUGGUGUACUUGUGAAUUGCCAUGAACACACUAUAACAUUAAAUAAAAAAGGAAUCUUUUUAUGUAUUACAUCACAUACACACAUGAACACUCUAUUGCAAUGCUUGAAACAUCUCUAACCUCAUUAACAUUUUUUCUUUAAUCAGAGCUUAUUUUGAAAAUUGAUAGGUUGAGCUCUGUUAUAAGCUGAAGGACUGUCUAUACUCUCCUAGCUGCUAUUAGAAUAUAAAUGGUUUGUAACUAUAAUCUAUUAACGUUUAAAAAUAAAAAUGUAGAAAGGUAAAUAGUAAGUUAGAAAAACAAAAUUAUAACCCAUAGAACUAUCUAUGUAGGCACUACCAAUUUACUACAGUUGAAGCAAUUAUUGAAUAAAACAAAGUAAUUGAGAGAAUAAAAUGAGGAAGUAUCUGCAACCUGUUGGCUAUAUCCAGUUUGUCUCUUCAAUAAUAGUUAUUUUUUGUUUCAACCUGUGUGUUAAGUAGCCUGAUGGGCGUGUGUUCAUCAUCCUUAAAGUCAAGUUGCAUUAAGUUUGAAUCUGAGGUUUUUGUCCUAACAUUUUAUGCUUUAAUAAUUACUUACUGAUUUCAUUAAUCUUUGAAUUCAAUAUUUGGUUGUGAAUAUAUUGUUUCUGUUGAUAUCAAAUAUAAUUAUGUUGCUUUAACCCCUUUGUGCAUUUAGGAUUGCUACUUCUCCCUUUAUUUCAGCCUUUAAAGCAGGGUGGAGAGCAGCUGGCGCGGCGUUGUUUAUAUGCUGAGGAAUUUGUUAUGGGCAACAUCAAAGCAUGAUGUAUACCUGAUGCAGAACUAUUCAGUCAUGCAUUGGUCCUCAUUGCUGAGGAGGGGCAAAGAAGUGCUCAAUGUUGCUAAACCUAUCGUUCCCACCCUGACACACCCAGGAUUGUUGUCUCAAUCACUCUCAAGAGUGCAGAUAAGCACCAUGGCUGUUAAAGAGAAUUUUCUGGUGGCAGGCGGGUUUCAGGGGGAGCUGAUAUGCAAGAACCUGAAUCAACCUGGAGUUGAAUUCUGCACUAAAAUUACAACAGAUGAAAAUGCCAUCACCAAUGCAGUGGAUGUUUACCAUAACCCCAAUGGCUCAAUGAGGGUUAUGACUGCAAACAAUGAUGCUCAAGUCAGGGUUUUCGAUGCUGAGAAUUUUGCUUGCCUUAAUCGCUUCUCCUUCGAUUGGUCUGUCAAUAACACCUCUGUUAGUCCGGAUGGCAAAUUGGUUUCAGUUCUUGGUGACAGUGCAGAGUGCUUGAUUGCUGAUGCUCAGUCUGGAAAAGUUGUUGGGAACCUCAAAGGGCAUCUGGACUAUUCUUUUGCCUCUGCUUGGCACCCAGAUGGACAAAUUUUGGCUACUGGGAACCAAGACACUACCUGCAGGCUGUGGGACAUAAGGAAUCUGUCCGAGUCCAUAGCUGUAAUAAAGGGAAGGAUGGGGGCAAUAAGAGCUGUAAAGUUCAGCUCUGAUGGCCGGUUUAUGGCAAUGGCUGAGCCGGCAGACUUCGUUCAUGUUUUUGACACAAAGUCGGGAUAUGUGCAUGGACAAGAGAUUGAUAUGUUUGGGGAGAUUGCUGGAAUAUCAUUUAGCCCAGAUGCUGAAGCUCUUUUUGUAGGGGUAUCUGAUCGCACAUACGGCAGCUUGUUAGAGUUUAACCGGAGGCACUAUAACCGAUACGAGGACUCCAUCUAUUAGUGGUUUGCCCCCCUAAAUCUAAAGCCAACACUCCACCAACUUGGACUGAUGGAUGUGCAUAAUUUUUCUGCAGAGUUUUUGUUUGACUGUGUGAAAGCUUAGUCUUAGAACUUUCGGGUCCCCCUGGUAACAUAUUGGGGUUAUAGUCUUGUAUUCCCUCCUGGUUUUGGAGACUAGUAUUCUCUCCUGCCUUUGGGGAGCUAUUCCAUGGUGUCGUUUGGAUAUGUAGAACAUAAAUUUUGCCCUUUGUAAAGCGUUUUGCGGUUGCUCUGUAUAUGGCAAUAGUUAUGUCUUAUCAUUUAUCAUUUAUCAAUUAUUUUAUCUUUUUCUUUUUCUUUCA